AUGAAUCAAGCAAAGUUGCAGGCAAUUAGGGAAAAAGAGCUGGCUGAGCAGAUGAUUUUUGGUAAUGACUAUGUCGGCACGAGGGAGCAUUUACUUAAAUCACAUCAGCUUUUUCCUGCAAUAAAUAAUGUGGAUGCCAUGUUAACUCUCUGUGAAAUACUAAGUGCUGCUAGUAUCGAGCUUCCAGGUUGUGGAAUUGAUUACUACUGGGUUCUUCAGGUUAUGCCCUCAGCUUCUUCCUCUGAAAUUAGCUGUCGAUACCAGAGACUUGUAACACUGUUGCAAUCUAUUGAGAAGAAGUUCCCCUGCAUUGAGUUGGCUCUGAAACUUUUAAAAGACGCAUUGAUCGUGCUUGGAGACCAAAAAAAGCGCUCUGAAUUUGAUUUGAAAAGGGGCAUGAGCUGGGAGACGUAUGCAACUUUUGAUGUGCAAGCUUCAUCUCGUCUCAGCAUCUCAAAUAUGGAAAUGAUGGCUGUCUCUGGAAGUUCUUUGGUCCAUAAGAAUAACUCUUCGAGCUUAAUUGAAGAAACGAGUCAAUUUGCUGCUGGUCUGAAGUCAGGGCAAAGUACUCAGGCUGACAAUGAUAUGUGUGUGAACAGCAUGAAUUUGUCAAUGACGUUGCAGCCAAUCAGCUUGGAAGGGAAUUUAUGUUCUACUUCUAAAGCGGUACUGCAGAAAAGACCUCUUCAAGCCUUUUACAACUUUGAGAAUGAUAGAAGACCUGAACGUUUUGAGGCAGGCCAAAUCUGGGCUGUUAAUUAUAAAGUGAAUUUGCAACAUAAUUAUCGGUAUGCUCGUAUUGAUUCAAUGUCAAAAACAGCAACUUUUGUUACAUGGUUACAACCAAUUCCUGUCACUUCUAGUGAGAGAAGGUGGUGUGAUGUAGGCUUGCCUAUUGCCUGUGGGUCCUUUGAUUUGAGCUUGGAGAUGCAGAUGAUUAUUGAGGUCAGAUGGGCAACAAUUUCCUCCUACAAAUGCUCCUGGACUCGUGGUCUAACAGAGGGACAAUUCGAAAUUUACCCAAGAAAAGGUGAGAUUUGGGCAGUUUAUAAGGAUUGGAAUCUUGACGCUUGGUCUUUCAAUCCGGAUUCUGUGAAAGGAUGCAAAUUUGAGUUUGUAGAAAUCAUAUCGGAUUUUUCAAAAUAUUUAGGAGCGCAUGGAACAUGUUUGGUAAAGGUGAAUGGUUUCACAAGCAUCUUUGAGAGACAAAAAAUUGGAGGAAAUCCUGUGACUUUUCAUAUUCCACCAGCCUAUCUGUACAUGUUCUCUCAUAAUGUCCCAGCAUUUAUGUUCAAGGGUGGAGAGCUUGACAAGGUUGUUGACGGAAUGUUUGAGCUCGAUAGGCUGGCCUUGCCAGAUUAUAUGAAUCAAGAUAACGACACCAUAAAAUCAGAGAAUGAAGGCACUAACGUUUUCUCGAACUUGACGCUCACCAAGCAACUACCUUCUUUCAAGCCACCUUCAGAGAACAAAGUUUUGAUGCCUAGGUGGACCUCAAAUGAUUUUGCCAUAGGUCAGGUUUGGGCUGUGUACCAGGGAGAGGAUUUUAUGCCUCGGCAAUAUGUUCGAAUUAAUAAUGUAAUCUCGGCGAACCAAGUAUUUGUCACAUUCUUAGAACCUCUACCUGUUCUUGAUCAUGAGAUUGAAUGGAUGCGAGAAGGUCUCCCUAUUGCAAGUGGGAUAUAUAAAAUCAGUGAAAGGAGAGUCAACAUUGAAAUGUCACUGUUCUCCUGUCCAGUUAAGUGCCAAGAUAGCGCAAGCAACUCGUGCUACAAAAUCUACCUGCUUAAAGGUGAAAUCUGGGCGAUGUACAAGGACUGGAAUGCCAAGUGGAAGAUGACGGACUAUGAAAGUUGCCAAUGCUUAAUUGUUCAGAUUCUAUCAGACUUCUCAGGAGAUGGGAUAAGAGUAGCUAGGCUAGGAGCAGUGAAGGGUUACCUGACUUUCUUUCAUACACAGCAGCAUAGUGGAUUGAUCUAA